CCAGGUGCAGAUUGGAGUUGCGAUGCGAUGCUCUGGACGUCAAUCAAUAAUUCCACCACCACUUUAUCUCCCUUCACUCUUCAGCUUCCACAUCUUCCUCUUCAUCAACCCACCUUCCUUUCUCCACCUCACACAUCGAUUUCCUUCUUCUCUUCACAAUGAUCAGCAUCACCUAGUUUAAACCCUCGUUUUCCACCUCCUUUCGCCGUAUCGUGAUCGGCACGUUUCCUCGUCCAACAUACUUAAAAGGGUUCAACCCGCCAUCACCCUUCGCCUUCUGCCUCUGAUUCUUCCGCGAUGGAUGCGGAAACUCCCACCUCCGCGCCCACCGCUCGCGCUGAAGAACCCGACCCUCGCAGCCGACUCGAACAUGUCCUCUCCGCCGACCCCCAAGGAGAUGCAUCCUCCAACGAAGCCACCACCGCCACCGCUCCCGUCUCACCCACGAACGAUCUGGCCGAUCCCAGCCCCGAGGAGCGCGCAUCAUCGCUCGGGACGCCCGCUCCCGGCUCCGAGGUGCCGCAGUACACGGCCAACCCGACUACAACGCGCCGCAACGCGAACGGGAGCGUGUCGUCGGUGUAUUCCGGGAACAAGAUCCGGCACCUGAAGAAAGAGGACGGGGUGCCGCUGUGGCGGAAGGAUAUCCAGUAUGAGUUCCUGCGGACGGUGUUCGAGGACGAGAAGCCGGUUUUCCACAAGACGUCGGAUGGGUCGUUUGGUCAUCGGUUCUCGGAUAUCUACCUGGAUGCCAUGGCCAAGAGUAGCAAAUGUAGCAAGAUCCUAAAAGAUAAGCUUCUCACCGAGCGUCCGCAGGCUAUCAAUAUGGCGAUGGUCUGCUUGCUGGUCAACGUCGGUCGGAUGAAUACAACUUUGAACUUCUUUCCGGAGAUGCGCGCACAACUACGAACCUAUCACUCCAUCCCUUCCCUCCAAGCACAUCAAGAUCCCAGCGCAUACAAACAACUCCAAGACGCUCCGCGACUCAAAUCCAUCCUGAAAGGUGCUACCGAGGACAUUGAGCAGCCCAGCAAUCUCGACGACAUCAUGUCGGCCCCUAUCCCGCGAACCAACCCCGUCAAUCUCAUCUUCGUCCUGGCGCAAUAUGCACCCAGAGUCUCCGCCAUGCACUUCGAUGUCCCGCGUGAUUUUUUCGAUCUGGUGAUGAAGCCCGAGCUGAGCAGCGCUAGCCGCGCCACGGCGUUCCUUUGGCUGAUGUGGUGGUAUCUCGAGAGCAACUUCUCCAAGGAGGAUGCGCUCCGCAACCCGUAUGGACUCGGCCGCGUUUCCAAGGACGAUCCCGAGGAAUUACCCAUCAAAUGCCCGCAAUUUGAAUACCUAUCUAAAGAACAGGCGGAUCUGGAGAAUGUUGAUACCGACAGCGAAAAAGAGUUCGGCGAAUUGAAGCGGUUGGAACGGAUCGCCAUCCUGCAAUCCGACGUGCCCGCAUCAUCAGCAGGCGGUAAGAGAGGCGUUGGUCGAAAGUCGGGAGGCUUCGGCAAUAGCCCGGCCUUUAACUUGCACUCCGAUGACGGUGCAAGUCCUGCGAGAGACUCCCCAGUCCCUCCGCACAAAGGCCGUGGUAAACGCAAGUUUGCGGCGGUACAUGAUGACGGAAACGAAUCACUCCGCUCUUCUCUCGCGGGAAUCAAACACGAUCCCGCCGAUGACUCGGACCGAACGAGAUCCGCGAGCCCUCUGCCAUCCAAAGCAUCAGGCCUGCACAUCAACACCCUAUUGAACGACCCCGCCCGUUCCUCUUCGUCAGCGUCGCACGCCAACCCCACCAUCAAAGGACGCGGCCGCGGCAACUGGCGACGCGACCCCAAUACCAAACGUCCCUACAACCGCCACCCCGACAAAAACGCCCCACCCGCCGAGCCCGUUCCCCGCACCGAUUCCCCAGCCGGCGGCUCCAGCCCCGUCAUCGGCCCCCACGGCUUCUAUCUCCCCCUCAACGGCGCCGAGCCCUCCCACAAGCGCUCCCGCCCACUCACCAACCACCAGCAAGCUGUCGAAAAAUACCGCAAGCGCCGCGUCGAAUACAUCCUCGACCGCCGCCUCCGCGAGAAAUUGUCCGCCUCCAAACACCGCCGCGACCGCGACGGCCUCUUCCUCCGCGCCUGGAUGCGCUGCCAGGACCUCGGGAGCGACUACGACAGCGACGAGGAGCUGCUCGCGCACCCGAUGCACGUGGCCGAGCGGACGGGCGCCAUGGGCGGCGCGCCGCUCCUCGCCGGGCUCUAUCCCCGGCCCUGGGAGCAAGAAAGCAAACGCCCUGACGAGAUCGAGGGAAAUCCCGAGGACGACUGGGGCGAGGAAGCCGGGAGCUUGGCGAGCGCGCUGCGGCGGUGGGAGCGGCGCGUGGAGCGGCGGGAGAAGGGACUUCCGGUGGUAAAGCGGGCGAAGCGGGUGAGGUCAGAGCCAAGGUUUGAGAUGGAAGAAGAGGAGGAGGUGGCCGUGGAGCCGGUGGGGAAGAAGCGGAAGGGGGGGAAGAAGAAGGGUGGGAGGAAGCGGGGGGCGAAGGUGAUGGAGGAGUUGGUGGUGGUGGCGAGUUCGCCGGUGAGGGAGGCGGUGAUGAGUGUGGGGGAGGGGGAGGGGGAUGGGGAGGGGGAUGGGGAUGGGGAUGGGGAUGGGGAUGGGGAUGGGGAUGGGGAUGGUGAUGGUGAUGGGGAUGGGGAUGGGGAUGGUGAUGGUGAUGGGGAUGGGGAUGGUGAUGGUGAUGGUGAUGGGGAUGGGGAUGGUGAUGGGGAUGGGGAUGGUGAGGGGGUGGAUCAGACUGGGGAGGUUAUGGAUGUGGAUGGUGAGGAGUAUGAAGGAGAGAUCGAUGAGGACUUGGUGGGCGAUGAGGACGAGGGCCUGGCGAUGAACGCUGGCUACCCGGCGAGUGAUUCGCGGGAGUAUGAUAUGGCGGACGCAAGCGAUGUGGACCGGACGGGCGAGUUGGAGGACUAGGACACGGUUGUUGUCUGAUUUCACCCAACGUGGCGUGAGGGAUGUGGGAUAUGGAUGUACCGCAGUACGCUGGUUUACUUACGAAUGGCUGUUGUUGCAUAGGUACUACUCAAACGUUGUCUCGGUAGCGAGCACGAAAUCUAACAAUAGGAUGCUUCAAUAGUCCUCAUGUUUAGCGUGUACAUUGUUCGUCCGAUAUCAAUAGUCCAGAUGAU